GUGGCCGGACUUAUUGAUAAUCAAAUUGUGGUAGUGAUUGAUAAAGUGUACAUAAUUAUAAAUUGAAAGGAAUUUACAAUAAAUUCAUCCUUCGAAUGAAUGGAAACAGUCAAACGUAAAGUUGACUUUGGCGUGUUCAGCAACACCACGAAAAUGUUGAAAACACUUUGUUUUUUAGCAGUAAUCCUGCACGUGACGACAUCGCGUUUGAUUUUUACUAAACCUGAUAAGAGAGUAAUAAUAGACGUUGAUGGUGGAAUCGACGAUUACCAAGCCCUGACAAUCCUUAUUAAUGCCGACAAUCAGUUGAUGAUAAAAAUCGAAGCUAUAAUCUGCACAGACGGUAAUACUGAAUUGAAGAACGUUGAGAACAAUGUCCUCAGGUUGCUGCAAGCUGCGGACAGAACAGAUAUUCCGGUUUAUAGCGGAUCGUAUGAGCAAAUCUUACCGCACAAAGAGGAGAUGCCGAAAUGGUACGGGGAGGACGGAUUCGCCGAUCUGAAAUACAAAAGGGAACCUAAUCGUUAUCUUCUUAAAAAAGAAUUGGCACAGGUCGCCGUAUACAAUAUAAUCAGCAGGAAUCCGGGAAAGGUAUCGCUCAUUGUCCUGGGACCGCAGACGAACAGCGCGCUUGGAUUCAGAAUUUACCAGAAGUACGGUGAAUACCUUAAAGACAUGCACAUUAUGGGUGGAAACUUCGGAGAGGAUGAAGUUGAAUUCAACUUCCUGUUUGAUCCGGAGGCUGCGGAUAUAGUUCUGACCACCACCAAGUGUCCAAUCACCAUGUUCACGUGGCAGGCCUGCGCAAAAGCAAAUUUCACUUUUGGCACCCUCUUUAACAUCACCGGUAUCUCGAAUCCAGUAUGGAACCUUAUGGAAAAGGCGGAACGAAAACUGUUCAAGGAUAACAAAGAGAGUAUCGAUAGUCAAUGGUUUGCCUGUGAUCCGGUUACCGCAGCGGUUUACCUAUACCCUGAAGAAACUAUACUUUCUAGUAGCCAACACAGUCUUCAAGUAAAAUUGUCAGAACCCAACAGAGGCUUGACUGUUGAUGAUGAUUCGAGGACUGAAAAGCAGAUCAAAGUUAUAGAGAAAGUUGACUGGAAGUUCUUCAUGACGGGUUUCAUAGAAUCCUUCAAGAAAAUCUGUACAAAUAGGAUUUGCGUCGAUCAGGGAGUUAUUUCUUAAUACUCCUGUAAUUAUUAUGUUUCGUUGUUUUGUUGUUGUUGUUAUUAAUUAAAUAAA